UUUUUUGUCACGGGACGGGCCGGUCCUAAGUGGCGAAGCCGGCGGUGGGAGGACUCCUGCAGGGGGCCGGGUGGAUUGCGCCUCUACAUAAGGAAGGACGAUGAGUGCCGUGGGUUUUUGCAGGGUUUGCUCGCUUCUCACCUGAAGGCAAAACUCCGGGAAAGUCAGCGCGUGCUGAAGAAAGAUGAGCUCGAGCUUGGUCGCAAGUGAAGGCAGUGACGCCGAGGCGGGGGCCCGGUUGGUGGCCGCAGGGCCGGGGGUCGCCGCGCCGCCCCUGCGUGAGGGACUUCUGAUAGUGAAAGUGGAGGAAGACUCACCGGGAGUUCGGGAGCCCGACCCGCCUGUGGACUGUCUGGAUCCCGAAACUUGUCGACAGGAUUUUAGGCGGUUCCGUUAUCAGGAGGCGGCCGGACCCGAAGAGGCGCUGAACCGGCUCCGGGAACUCUGUCGGCGGUGGCUGAGGCCGGAGGUGCACUCGAAGGAGCAGAUCCUCGAGCUGCUGGUGCUGGAGCAGUUCCUGACCGCCCUGCCCCCGGAGCUGCGGGACCGCGUGCGGAGGCGCGACCCCGCGAGCGCCGACCAGGCUGCGGCCACGGUGCGGGCUCUUCGGAGAACGCGCGGCGGAACCUCGCUCCCGGGAUUGGUGAAGGUCAAGGAUGUACCUGUAACAUGGGAGGAGUGGGAGCAUCUGGACCCAGUUCAGAGGGACAUCUACAGGGAGAGCACGCUGAAGGAUUAUGGGAACACAGUCCUACCAAGUUUGGAAACCAGAACAGAGAACAAAGAGUUAAUUCCAAAGCAAGAAAGUCUAGAAGUAGAGCCACAGAUGCAGCUACAAGAAAGAUCCCAGGGGAAUGCUCCCCUGUUGUCCAAAUGUGGUGACACCCAUGAGGAGAUGGUAGAAAAGCACUCAAGAAACCCUUUAUUCCUGAAAAUUGAAAAUUCUCCUGAGGAGCAAAGACUCACCAGCAUCUCAGAUCUCAAGAAUGUUCCCACAGAAGAGGGAGACUCCAAAAAUAAUGAAAUUGGGAAUAGUGCCAGAAGUUCCAACUUGGUUCUUUGUCAGCCUGGCCUGACAGUAGAGCGGUCUGUUAAUGGUGCUGAACAUGGCAACAGGUGCAAACAGAGUUUAAAUAUAAUGAAACUUCAAGUGGUGAAACCUCACAAAUCUAUUGACAAUGUGGAAAAUUUCCAUACUUCAGGCCUUUUUCAGACCCAGAGGCAGCUCCGUGAAGAAAGACCUUAUAAAUGUGAUAACUGUGGAAAGAGUUUCAAACAGCGUUCUGACCUCUUGAAACACCAUAGAAUCCACACUGGGGAGAAACCCUAUGAAUGCAAAGAAUGUGGGAAGAGCUUCACUCAGAGUACUGCCUUGGUUAAACACCAGAGAACGCAUACAGGGGAAAAGCCAUACACAUGUCCCAAAUGUGGGGACAGCUUCAGACAGAGCUCACAUCUCAAUCGGCAUCAACGAAUCCACAUAGGAGAGAAACACUAUAAAUGUUCUGAAUGUGGGGAGACCUGCCGUAUUUCCAACCGUUUUAGACAUCAGAGAAUCCAUAAAGGGGAAAGACCCUAUACAUGUGAAGAAUGUGAGAAAAGCUUCAAACGGUGCUCUGACCUCUCUAAACAUCAGAGAACCCACACCGGGGAGAAGCCUUAUGAAUGUUCCGUCUGUGGGAAACGCUUCAGUCAGAGUGCGACCCUCAUUAUACACCAGAGAACUCACACUGGAGAAAGACCUUAUAAAUGUCUUGAAUGUGGGGAUAGCUUUAGACAGAGUCCCCACCUUAUUCGACACCAAAGGAUCCACAGAAAUAAAGCCCCAUCAUUUUGACAUGA